AUGGUGAUGUCUGGAAUAAAAGAGGUUGGAUUAAAAGACUUCAAUGAAGCUGCCGUUCAAAUUAUUUUCCCCAAUGACAGGGUUUCUUUUUUCUCAAUAGGAAUUUCAACUUUAAGGCAUAAAUUGACAUCUUCAAAAUUUUCAAUGCUUGAGUCUUCUCAGUUAUUUUUUCAAAUUCCAGUAAUUUGUUUGUGCUGCUAUAUAUCAAUAAAUGCUUUACUUCUAAAAAAUUUCCAAUUUUUCACACGCCAUUAA